GUGAGGUAAGGCAAUAAAAAAGAGAGGAGAAUGAGAAGUCCGCCGUCCCCCGUAUAAAUAAGAUACCAAGCCCUACAUUUCCAAAAUUUUGCCAUUUUUUUGCUUUUGCAGAGAGGAGAGAGAAACAACACAAAGAUAAAAGCCAAACGCAAACCAGGAGUUAUUCAAGAGAGAGAAAGAAGGAGCGAGAUUGAUUGAAGAGAGAGAGAAAACUCUAUUCCGAAAUCGUCUAAUCAAGAUAUCAUUAGCAGAUCUUUUGAUAUCUUCGUCUUCAGAUAUUUUCGCCUUUUUCUUUUCUUUCUUCUAUUUAAUUUAGGGUUUUUUAUAACCUCAAUCUUCAGGAUUAUUGUUGGACACAACGAGAUUUGGAAUUAUGAGAACCUCAUGGGCGGAUUCUGUGACAGCUGAGAAUGAAUUUGAGGCUAGCAGUACUACUGGUAAGCCCUCUAAACCAGCCUAUGUGCCUCCACAUCUUCGUAACAGGCCACCGUCUUCAGAAGCACCUCAGGCCAAUGAAAGGCCUGUGUAUGCUGGUCCAUCGGGUAGCUCCCGUUGGGCUGGUGGUUCGAGACCUGAUUUUAGUCGUGGCGGAGGUGUUGGUGGUGGUUAUCGUGGGGGUCGCGGGGGAGGACCUGGAUGGAAUAAUAGAGGUGGAGGCUGGGAUCGUGGUAGGGAUAGGGAAGUUGAUCCUUUCGGUAACGAAGCAGAAGAGGAUGAAUCAGAACAAGCAUUUGAGCAAGAGAAUACGGGCAUUAACUUUGAUGCUUAUGAGGAUAUUCCUGUGGAAACUAGUGGGGAGAAUGUGCCACCUCCGGUAAAUACAUUUGCAGAAAUAGACCUUGGAAAGGAGCUUAAUGCUAAUAUUAGAAGAUGCAAAUAUGUGAAGCCUACCCCUGUUCAACGCCAUGCUAUCCCAAUUUCUCUUGCUGGACGAGAUUUGAUGGCAUGUGCACAGACUGGUUCUGGUAAAACUGCAGCUUUCUGUUUCCCUAUUAUUAGUGGUAUAAUGAAGAAUCAACAGGUUCAGAGACCUCGUGGAUAUCGAACUGUUUUUCCACUUGCCCUUAUAUUGUCUCCUACAAGGGAGUUGUCAAUGCAGAUUAACGACGAAGCCAAAAAGUUUGCUUACCAAACUGGUGUCAGAGUGGUGGUUGCUUAUGGAGGAGCUCCAAUCAGCCAACAGUUGCGAGAACUUGAAAGAGGAGUUGAUAUUCUUGUCGCAACACCUGGAAGACUGGUAGAUUUACUUGAGAGGGCUAGAGUAUCACUUCAAUCGAUUCAGUACCUGGCUCUUGAUGAAGCCGAUAGAAUGUUGGAUAUGGGUUUUGAACCUCAAAUUAGGAAGAUAGUUGAACAAACUGACAUGCCACCUCGAGGUGUUAGGCAGACUAUGCUGUUCAGUGCAACCUUCCCUAAGGAGAUACAGAGGCUGGCUUCGGAUUUUCUAUCAAAUUACAUUUUCCUGGCUGUUGGAAGGGUGGGAUCAAGCACUGAUUUGAUAGUUCAGAGGGUUGAGUUUGUGCAUGAUUCUGAUAAGAGGAGCCAUUUGAUGGACCUUCUUCAUGCACAAAGAACAACUGGGGUGCAAGGAAAGCAAGCAUUAACACUUGUUUUUGUGGAGACCAAGAAAGGGGCCGAUGCAUUGGAACAUUGGCUCAGGAUAAACGGGUUUCCAGCAACUAGUAUUCACGGUGACCGUUCGCAACAAGAAAGAGAACUUGCAUUGAGAUCUUUCAAAAGUGGAAACACUCCCAUUCUGGUUGCUACUGAUGUGGCAGCUCGAGGUCUGGAUAUUCCUCAUGUAGCACAUGUGAUCAAUUUUGAUCUUCCAAAUGACAUCGAUGACUAUGUUCAUCGGAUUGGACGUACUGGACGUGCUGGGAAUUCCGGAUUGGCCACUGCCUUUUUCAAUGAAAGUAACCAGUCGUUAGCGAGACCUCUUUCUGAGCUUAUGCAAGAAGCGAAUCAGGAAGUACCUGAUUGGCUUGUUCGGUAUGCGUCACGAGCAUCUUAUGGUGGGGGUAGAAACCGACGAACUGGGGGUGGCCGCUUUGGAGGUCGGGACUAUAGAAGGGAUAAUUUCAACAAAGGUGGUGGCGGAGGUGGCAAUGAUUAUCAUAGCGGCAGCAACAGUGGUGGGGGAUAUUAUGGAGCUGGAGCUGGUUAUAAUCCUGGUGCAUCUAGUGCCUGGGAUUAGCUUCACUCUAUCUCUAGCUGUAUCAGUGUAACCAUUCUCGCACUUCCUGGUAUAUAUGCUUAUUUUUUUGGGUAUUUUGUUGUGUUGGCCCAAAGUACUGUGAAUUCUAGAAAUUUUAUAGGCUUGGGGCUUCAAGCGCAAAGCGGGUUGUACGACCCCCCAAAUUUUAUAGUCCAUGUCAGACUAGAUGUGUGAUAUUCAUUAGGGAUUGUUAUAACUUGCAGCUUAGGCUUUUGCUGGUUCAUGCCAUGAAGCAGUAUGGGACUUUUCCAUCCAUUUCUUCUUGUAAUGUCUAGCUAGCUGGGGUGGGCAAAGGGUUAUAUAUAUUGGGAGGUGAAAAUAUGAGGAAUAGUACUUCUUUUUUGCCAUUCUCAAUUGGGCUACUAUUUUCUUUAGCUUGGUGACCUGUUUUUUUUUUAUUAGUUUCUGAUAUUGAAAAAAUUACUGUCACUUUAUUGUAUAAAUUUUCUAGGUGAUAAUAAAUGCUGGCGUUUUUUAUCAGCAGAAAUGGCCUUUUGGGGUUGUAAGCCUGAAUAAGCACUCCCCAUGAUACAUGAAACAUUUUGUUCCAAAUUACUGUUCUGUUGGAAUAGUAAAUGUAAAUAUUACUGUAUGGAAAUUUUUCUUAGAAUUUUU